CUCGUUGUUAAGGGAACCGUGUUCGCACGUUUUUCUCCCGAUCAAAAGGCCCAGUUAGUAGAAGCAUUGCAGUCUGUCGGCUACUUUGUUGCCAUGUGUGGGGACGGUGCCAAUGACUGUGGUGCUUUAAAAGCAGCACAUGCUGGUGUUUCUCUGAGUGAGGCCGAGGCAUCAGUGGCGAGCCCCUUCACUUCGCAGCGCCACGAUAUCAGCUGUAUUCCAAAACUGAUACGCGAGGGUCGCUGUGCACUUACCACUAGUUUUGGCAUCUUCAAGUUCAUGGCUGGCUAUUCUCUCACCCAAUUCGCAUCGGUCAUCCUCCUCUAUUGGGUAAGCACCAGCCACUUUUCAAAAGAAAUUUACGUAUCCUUUCAAUAA